ACUUCCCUCCUCUUUACCUGCGAUAUGUUAUCCGUUUGAUGUCAGCCAUUUCUGCGUCUGAUCGUCAUAUUUGUGCAUGGAAAUAGUGAGUUGGAAAGAGAGAUGUUGAUGCAGUGUUUUGAUGGAUUAAAGCACUUCAUCACAAUUCUGCUGACUUGUUGCGAUGCUGAUCUCUCCUCACAGUGCAGGUGUCUUCAGAACCCUAAGGAUGUGGCCAGAGGCACUGUGUUUACUGUCAAUGAGAUUGAAGCUCUUUACGAAAUGUUCAGGAGCAUUAGCAGAAACGGGCUUAUCGACAAGGAACAAUUUCAAUUGGUGCUAUUCAACAAGACAAACAAUAAGAGAAGCCUUUUUGCUGAUAGGGUGUUUGACUUGUUUGAUACCAAGCGUACUGGGAUUCUAGAUUUUGAAACCUUUGCGCGUGCUAUUUCGGUUUUUCACCCCAAGGCUCAAAUGGAUGAUAAGAUUGAGUUUUCUUUCAAGCUGUAUGAUCUGAAGCAGCAAGGGUAUAUAGAGAGAGACGAGUUGAAGCAAAUGGUGGUGGCAAUUCUAGCUGAAUCUGGCAUGAACCUUUCUGAUGAUGUGAUAGAGAGCAUUAUAGAUAAGACAUUUGAAGAAGCUGAUAGUAAACUGGACGGGAAGAUUGAUAAGGAAGAGUGGCAGAGUCUUGUUCUUCUCCAUCCUUCUUUGUUACAAAACAUGACCCUUCAACAUCUCAAAGACAUAACGAAGACAUUUACACAUUUUGUGUUUCACACUAUAGUGUCAGACAACCCAUCUGAAAUCUGAAUGAUGAGGGAUAUGAUUUUUUGAUUUUUGAUUUUGAUUGGUGCAAGUUGAUUCUUUUUUUACUUGGC